AUGCCGCACUACCUUGGCCCUGACGACUUCGAUCGCAAGCGCGAUUCGAAACACAGUCUUGCCAGUGUAGUAAACCAGUCCAUCUACGCGUCGAAAUUGCGCCAUCGCUUCCAACGCGUGAUCGCAAGAGCAGAUGGGAGCGAAGUCGCAGUUACGGAGCACGCCCUAUUGAGAUUCCUGCGUCUGGCGGGUGUGGACACUGACGCCGUUAUGUGCACUCCAACCCCCAAGCCCGAAGUUCUACGAAUUCCUGAGAUGAAUGAGCGUUUACUUCGGGGGACUGCGAAUCUCGAACAACACUUAACACCCGAGCAGCAACAGAAAGUCACGGACUGGGUCACAAGCAACGCCGAGCAUCUCUGGACGGCCGACGGAGCGCCCCUUGCGCCGCGUUCAAAGGGCGGCGCAUAUGUGAUCGCAAUCGACGAACCGCACAUGGCCGUCCUGUUUACCAUAGCAAAACGCCUUGAUUUCUACCGCCCGGUGGUCUACCGGUCUCACGUCGACAUUCGCCCCGAUCAGGUCGCAGAUCCCGCAAGUCCAGCUGCACAGGUCUGGGACUGGGCGUGGUCGCACGUCAAAGCGGCGGACAUCUUCGUCAGCAAUCCAGGCCAGUCUGUGCUCACGCAAGUUGUCCCGAAACACAAGCUAGGCUACAUGGUCCACACCUUGGGCACCCCAGAUGGGGUGAGUAAGAAGUUGUCGGAUCGCGAUGUGCGGUACUACUUACAAGAGUUCAAUGAGGUGUGUCGGCGGCAGUGUAUGCCUACCUUGAUGUAUCCGGGCCGGGAUUACAACGACCAAAUCGCCUCCUUCGAGCAGUCGGACGGCGUGGCAGAUGCAUUGCCAGCGUACGUGGCGUUCAGGCGAGACUCUCGGUUCUGUGAGCGUAAGACUACGGAGCAGCCGCCGCAGCUGGUGUUGUGUAGUCCCUCGUCGGCAUCCUCAAACAGCACAGAUGAGAUGACGGGCUUCCACCGCGGAGUCACGGAUAGAGAAACGCUCAAAGAGCUGAACGAAUCGCCAGCAAUGUUGUAG